AUGCUCCCGGUGCCGAGAGCCAAGCGGCAGCAGCCUCUCCUCUGGCCCGGGAAUGCGGAGCCUCCAGUGCCUCCGUGGAUUUGGAUGGUCCCGAGCGCGGCUGGGCUCUUUCGGAUCGGAGGAGCCGCUGGCGUGGUGCCCCCUCCUCUGUUGCUUUCUUCGCCGCCACAUCCUCCCCCGCCACCGCCUGCCCCGCUGCUCCAGGGGGUUUCAGGCUGGCAACUUCCCUGCGAUCCUUUCCUGCCUUUGAUGGCACCCGAGCACCAUUCCGCCGUUCACCAGCUUCCUUUUUUGAACGGACAGUGGAUGUUUGGCACGCGUUCCCCAGUCAUUGGAUUUUCACCUUCAUCAAACGUGGAAUUCGUCCCUCUUUUUCCACAUGUAUAUACAACUACUGGGCCACCUCAUUCUGGAAAAAGUUGGAUAGAAAAGAGGUUACCAAACUGCAAGAUCUAUUUAAACAAUGCAUUUGCUUUGGAUUCAGCAUGGAUACAUCCUGAGGAAGUACGGAUCUACCAAGGACAUGAAAAGCCUCUUGUUAUGACGAAUCAAGUCUCCGUGGCUUUAUCUAGGCCAGCUGCUGCCCCCAGGCCUCUUCCUGCAGUGGUGUUAACCCCCCAGCCUAUUUCAGGUGCUUGCCUUAAACAUGCUGGCAGUAACCAGACAAUUGCAUUUGCAGCAGCCAUGGUGUCCGUAGAUGCAGAAGCCCCUCAGGGACCAUCCACAGCCAGUGUCCAGCCAUGCCAUGUGCUCACUUUGUCACCAAUCAAAAUACCAGUGUUGACAUCCCCUUUCCCAGGUGCUUCUUCUAGAAUGGAUAGGCGCAUGAGUUCUCUGAUGCCAGCUCAAGUCACCAGGCUCGCAGCUAUCUCUUCACCAUCUGUGGCGUUUAUGGCAACCAAUUUGAUGGAUCAGACAUUAACAGAUAAAGGCAAAGAAUCAAGCAGGACUUCCUGCCCACCAACACUGAUUUUACAUACUGAAAUUAAAAAUAAGCCAACAGACAAUGAAGAGGAGAAGAGUUGUUCUUUAAAACUACUCCCGGAAGAUGAUGGUACUUCAAAUGGCAACAAGCCUGUGGCAUCCACUCCUGUUCCAGGAUCUCCUUGGUGUAUAGUCUGGACUGGAGAUGACCGAGUCUUCUUCUUCAACCCUACAAUGCAGUUGUCAGUAUGGGAGAAACCUGUGGAUCUAAAGAAUCGUGGUGAUAUUAACAGAAUCAUUGAAGACCCACCUCAUAAACGCAAACUGGAAACUUCAGCAACAGAUAACAGUGAUGGCUCUUCUCCAGAGGAUAUAAAUAAUGAUCACAGUACUAGAAUCAAGAGAAAUAAACUGGAAGAUUCUCAGAAUGGUGAACCAGAAAAGGAAGAGAAAAGUGUAAAAGCAUCAGAACCUCAGAUUAUGCUUCCAUUGGAAGAACGUAUUACCCAUUUUCGAGAUAUGCUUCUGGAAAGAGGGGUGUCUGCAUUUUCCACAUGGGAAAAAGAGUUACAUAAAAUAGUGUUUGAUCCACGCUACCUUCUGCUUAACUCAGAAGAACGUAAACAGAUAUUUGAGCAGUUUGUCAAGACCAGAAUAAGAGAAGAAUAUAAGGAAAAGAAAAAUAAACUCCUACUGGCCAAAGAGGAAUUUAAAAAACUUCUGGAGGAAUCAAAAUUAUCACCAAGGACAACGUUUAAAGAGUUCGCAGAGAAAUAUGGCAGAGAUCAACGAUUUCGACUUGUUCAGAAGAAAAAAGACCAAGAGCAUUUUUUCAACCAGUUCAUACUUAUCCUUAAAAAGAGAGACAAAGAAAACAGAAUCCGGCUACGGAAAAUGAGAUAA